AUGUCAACAAACUCUUACUUUGCCAUUGUUGGCACAAAGGACUCUCCGCUAUACGAGGCUGAGUUUGGUCCUAUUUCUCGCGGUGAAAAGGAUGAUCUACGCCAUAUGAAUCAGUUUGUGGUCCAUGCUGCUUUGGACGUGGUGGAUGAACUUAUGUGGGGAACUCAGGCAAUGUACCUCAAAGUAGUCGAUAGAUUCAAUGAAUGGCUUGUUUCGGCAUUUGUUACUCCCAGUGGUGUGAGAUUCAUAUUGCUACACGACACUUCCAAUACUGACGGCAUACGCAAUUUCUUCCAAGAGUGUUAUGAACUGUAUAUCAAGGUGCUGAUGAAUCCUUUUACUGAAAUUAAUGCUCCCAUUACUUCUGGUGCGUUUGAUCAACGCAUACGUGCUCAGGGUCGUAAAUGGCUGUAG